AUGGCCGCACCCGCUCGCCCUGCACCCUCCCCGGCCGUUCUCCUCGUAUACCCGGCCACCUUGCUAUUGGGGUCAUUGUUCUCGGUGAUUUCGCCAGUAGCUCGCUCCACCAGCGGAGCGUCUUCGCGAGCGCCGCAGUCGGCGGGCGCGUUGGCACCGUCUCUCGCCGCCGACCUCCACCUCUCCCAAAGCCCUGUCAACUAUUUCGCGCGCAAGGAUAACAUUUUCAAUCUCUACUUUGUGAAAAUUGGUUGGCUGUGGACAACCAUUGCCUUCGCCUCGCUGCUUCUUUUCCAGCCCGCGUACCGCUCCUCGUCCUCGCUCUCCCAGGCGCAACAAACACGAGUCCGUCGGGCGCUCCAAGCCUUCCUGCGUUAUACACUCGCGACCACGAUAUGGUAUUUCAUGACACAAUGGUUCUUCGGCCCCGCAAUCAUCGAUCGCAGCUUUCUCGUCACGGGCGGCAAGUGUGAGGAGGCGCUGAGCCGGGUGCAAAACGUGGGUUUGGAUGAAAGCCCUUCAGCCCAGCUAGCGACCCUCUUCUCUGCGGCAACCUGUAAGGCCGCGGGUGGGGCAUGGAGAGGCGGACACGACAUCAGUGGGCAUGUGUUCAUGCUGGUGGUGUCCACAUCACUUCUGGCUUUUGAGGCUGUCGGUGUUGGGGCGUUCUCCGCAUUUUGGGUAUCUACACGCACCGGGGAGGAUGUCCGUGAACGAAAAGCGAGCGAUCCGGAUGCGUCCGGGGCCAGUUCUCAAAAUGGUGACUUCGGGUUGGCAACCAAAUGGUCAAUGCGCUUGGUUUGGGGGGUGGUUGGGCUAGGCUGGUGGAUGCUUUUCAUGACCGCCAUCUGGUUUCAUACCUGGCUAGAAAAGUGGUCCGGCUUAGCCGUCGCCCUGAGCACUGUAUAUGUCAUCUACCUACUCCCGAGACGACUCGCACCGUGGAGGGAGAUUGUUGGUAUCCCAGGGUUAUAG